CUUCUCUCUUUAAUUCAAUUUGUUGAAAAACUCGUUUUUGAGGUGUUCAUUCGAAAACCGCAGAUAAAAAUAUAACCUUUACGCGAUGAUCUCCGACGCGAGUGUUGCAGUGACAAAAAAAGUGCGGAGAAAUCGCUGGAAUUCACCAGAACCAGCUGAAGCUCCAUAAAUUGAAUAAAUGUUGCAAAAGUGAUACACCACUUGACUGUUCAACGAGUGAUGGCCUGUUGAAAUUGUCUGUCGCUUCUGGUACUGCGUGGCAGUCAGUUUAUCCGUGACAGUGUUUGUAAACUUCCCGAGCGUGACCGAUUCGUCGAAAUCAUUGGAAAUAAUUAUGGGCUACCCAGCUUCGAGAUAAACGUUCUGUUUCCGUUAGAAAAUCACAACGAAUUUUGCACCGGCUCUUGCGAAAUAUGUGCUAAUAUAUGGAAGCUGUAGUGAAGUGGUGAAGUGAUAAUUAUACUCCCGGAUUUACAGCCCAAUACACCCCCACCCUCCACUACGAAUCAAUUACGUACACUGGCCCAGCUAGAUAAGCGACCUGGCUUCUCCUUUCGUCACGUUCCGCGUUCGAUACGCGGAGCUAAUCUUGGAGAGGGUGGCUCCGCCGACGAGCUGAUGACCUACCUCGGCGUCACCGAUCAGUCGAGUGUGUGAUGUUCAACCGACCUGUCGCAGUUGCAAAAGUAGGAAUCGAAGCCCUGGAUAGCAGCAUGGUCCCGUGAACGGCUUACGGCGCGGGAAUUGAUUGAUGAUUUUUGUUUUUCACUAUUUGUGAUCGAAAAGAGAAAAUUAGUGUGACAGGAAAAAUAAAUAGGUGAUAAUCGACCGGAAGUUGGCCAUAGUAGGGGCAGUGGGUAGUGGUUAUUUUUGCAAUGAUCAGUGAUAGUGACUUCCGGGAUUGUCGUGAGUGAAAAAAUUGCAAAUUAGUGGCUUCAUCAGCCGUGUCGCCGCGUGUCGUGGAACCACUUGACAAAGGCAAAACAGGCUGGCAUUCGGGUUGGCCUCCUCACUAUCACACACAGCACAGCACAGGUGAUAAGCACAAAAGUGGCCACCAUAACCCGCCGAUAACGAAUCGAAUUACGGUGAAUAAAUCGUUUCAAGAAGUGAGAAAUAGUCGAAGAAUUCCACAAAAGUUACAACAACAAAAUUCACCUCCCCAAAAAUGAAGUCCAGUCCGUUGUGUGGGUUGUUGGGGUGGCAUCCGAGCUGGUUGCAGCGCUUUGCCACGUCCCGGUCCUUCAUCAUGGUGUACGGAUUCCUCGGGACGACCCAAGCGAUGGCCUACAUCUACUUCGUAAUCACGCUGACCACACUCGAGAAGCGCUUCAAGAUUCCAUCGUCGACGACGGGAAUCAUCCUCAGUGGCAACGAAAUCUCGCAAAUUCUCCUCUCGCUGAUCCUGUCGUACGCGGGUGGCCACCGGAACCGGCCCCGGUGGAUCGCGUGGGGCGUCGUGUUCUGCGCCCUGUCCUGCUUCAUUCUGGCCUCGCCCCACUUUAUCUACGGUGCCGGCGAGAACGCGCUGCAGCUCACGAAGGAGUUCAUCAACGACCAGGAAGCUGAGGCGUCCGUCCUGCGGAGUCACAACCUGACGGCCAUCGUCAAGAGCACGAACCGUCUCUGCCUGGACACGUUCAGCCCGAAGGAAUGUCACGACGUCAUUUCGGUGGUUCCACUCGUGCUGAUCUUCAUGUCGCAGUUUGUGCUGGGAAUCGGCAACACGCUGUACUAUUCGCUCGGUCAAACGUACCUGGACGACAACACCAAAAAGACCAACACGCCACUCAUGCUGGCCUACGCCUCGUCGCUGAGGACGUUCGGGCCGGUCGUUGGAUUUGCGCUGGGGUACUUUGCCCUCAAGAUCUACAUCGACCCGUCCAAGACGCCGGUCAUCGAUAGCACAGACCCGCGGUGGUUGGGCGCAUGGUGGCUCGGGUGGAUCAUCCUCGGAGUGGCCAUGCUGUUCUUUGCGGCCCUCAUUGGACUGUUUCCGAAGGAGCUGCCCAAGAAGCAGGACGUUGAGAAGAGACCUCGGUCAAACAUGCCGGUUGUGCUGAUGAACGAUGCCGAGGCCUUCGGGAAGGAGAAGAAUCCGCUGAGUGCGCGUGGAGUGAAGGAGCAAAACAAUCACGUUGUGCCGAAUGGAGAGGAUGCUGGAGCUUCUUUGGUGGAAUUCCCGCAACUUAAAGACUUCCCCAAAGCGCUGAUGCGCCUGCUUCGCAACAAGCUGCUGAUGUGCAACAUCAUCUCUGGAAUUUUCUACAUCCUCGGCUCGAGCGGCUACAUCACCUUCCUGAGCAAGUACAUCGAGGUGCAGUUCCACAAGACGACGGCCAACGCCACGGUCAUCACCGGUCCCAUCACGCUGUUUGGCAUGGUGGCCGGAUUUCUCAUUUCUGGGGUGGUCAUCUCGAAGAAGAAGCCUUCACCCAAGAUUUUACUCUUUUGGAACGUGAUCGUCGGGAUUGGGUACAUGAUGGGACAGUUUUCGUACCUGUUCUUAACCUGUCCGGACGGAACGAUGCCACUUGUCGAGGGCAGGUUGAACCUGAGUACGGUCUGUAACAGUCGGUGCCACUGUGAGGGUAUUCCUUACUCGCCGGUGUGUCAGGAGGACACCGGAAUAACGUUCUUCUCCGCCUGUCACGCCGGUUGCGAUCAGUGGAAUGCCAAGGGCAAAUACUACGAUCAGUGCACGUGCCAAAAUGAAAACUAUUCGCCGAUUACGAAACUUCCGUGGGAAAUGUACACGUCGACCCCGAUGAGAUCAACCGAACCAUUUACUAAACCGUGGACCACUGAAGCGAGUUCCAGCAGCAGCAGCAGUACCUUCACAACCAGCAGUAUUCCCUCAACGACCGCCACCAGCACAAAUCGUCCGCCACUGGAAAAUGCCACGAAUGUGCCACCCCCAAGUACGUCCACCGGAUCAGCCCUGGACGAUGUGUACAUUUACGAUGACGAGGACGACGAAGCGCCAACCGCCAACACGGAGGACGAUUCCCCAGAUGUCACAGUACAAAAAGAGCUCAACGCUGGGACAAGCGAGAAACCCAUCGAACGACGACGAAGGGAGGUUGGUGGUGAGCAGGAAUCUACCACCAGCACCCCGUCGGGAAGCACCACCACGGAGAGUCCCUUUACGGCUCGGCUCAUCCCGGGAGCCUGUCUGAAGGGGUGUGCCCUCGGGUUCUACCUGUUCUCCAUCAUAUCCAGUAUUAUCAACUGCUUCGGGGCGUCCGGACGCAUCGGCAAUCUGCUGGUCAAUUACAGAUGCGUCGCCAAGGAGGACAAAUCGUUCACGCAGGGGCUGAUACUGAUGAUGAUCAGCCUGUUUGCGCUCAUCCCGGGCCCGAUCCUGUACGGUCGCAUCAUCGACAGCACCUGCCUGGUGUGGACGGAGGAGUGCGGCAAGCGGGGGAACUGCCAGCUGUACGACCAGCGCCUGUUCCGCUACUACAUCAACCUGACGGCGCUCGGACUAACGGCGAUUGGUGUGUUCUUCGACGUGCUGGUCUGGUGGUACGGACGCACGUUGGAUCUGUACGGCGAGCGGGAAGCGCUGGAGCAGAAAAAGACCUCGGCGUCCAAAACGACGACGGCGACACCCAAAAGUGCCUUCACGUGAACUUGGUCGCAUGCAACGGGACAGGUCAUCACUUAAUAACUCAUCUUGAACUGAAGAAAAACAAGAGCACCAAGAAGUUCCAGAUGAGUGGUUUUACUAAAAGAAAAGAACGCAAGACAGUUUAUGUGAUUUAUGUUUUUUAUUUAAAACAGUAAAAUAGAAUAAAAAUUCUAAAUUUUCACAAAUAUUUCAUCUAAAUCUGUGAUUUGUUAAAGCAUUGAAUUUUGUUACGAUUGCAUUGCACGACAAGUAAACGUGUGUAUGUGUUUAUGUGUAUGUGUAUGUGUGUGUGUAACAAACCAAAUCAGUUAAAUCAGUGUGAUUGUUUGCCCUAUAUAAUGAGAAAAUGUAUGUACAAAACAUCUGAUUUGUGAUUGAACAUUGAUAGAGGAAAAAGGGGAAAUAUAUAUCUUUGUAAUAAACACUGUUACAUUCCAAAA